UGACACCCAACUUUUUUCCCCCUUUCCUCUUUCAAUUACUAGUGACGAGCGCACAACUGCAGUCUGCAGCUUAGAGUCGUUCGGUUGCGCUGCUCAGUGCUCACUCUUUCUGUCACAGGCACUGGUUUUCUGAGAAGAGUUCGAGACUCACUUUUGAUUCGGCGGGUUAGGGUUUAGCCUCUGUUCGGACUUGCAAUUUCUCGUACAAAAUGAGUCGCCAUCCAGAGGUUCUUUGGGCUCAGCGCACUGAUAAGGUUUACCUGACUAUUGCUUUGCCUGAUGCAAAAGAUAUUUCGGUGAAAUGUGAGCCACAGGGUUUGUUUAGUUUCUCUGCUGUGGGUGUGCAAGGUGCACCCUUUGUCUUCAGUAUAGAGCUUUACGGAAAAAUUGUACCUGAGGCUUGUAAAACUAAUGUUGGCUUGAGGAACAUAUUAUGCUCAGUCCAAAAAGCAGAGAAAGGUUGGUGGCAAAGACUACAAAAGUCGGAAGAAAAACCUGCUCCUUACCUUAAGGUUGAUUGGAACAAAUGGUGUGAUGAAGAUGAGGAGGAGUCAACUGAUUCUGAUCCAGCCUAUGAUGAGGAUGAUGUAGUGUACACUGGUGAACAUGAUGGAAGCAGUGACGACGAAGGAAUGCUUUAUCUUCCAGACUUGGAGAAGGCAAGAGGAGCUAUCAAAGACUGAUUCUAUACUAUCAAGGAAGUUUAGUUAGUUUACUCCCAAGAUUUAGUAUAAUGCAUGAUUAUGACCCUUGCUGAGUUCUGUAUAUAUCAGAAUAUCUCACUCGUUCUCUAGGGUAGGUAGAGCUUCGACUUCUGGAUAUUACACUUUAUCCUUUAGAUUGUAAAAUGGUUUGUUAUAUGUUUGGUUGCACUCCUUUGGUGGCCUUUAAGAUGAAAGUAUAUUACCAGACAUUGGUCAAGCUCGUUCUCUCUAUGAUGGUCAGUAUGAUUUUAGAGUUAACUAUUUAUUUGACCUUAGAAUUAUAUCAUUUGUGUCAAUCAAGCUCUUAAAUUAUGUUUGAUGUCAAUUUAGUUCUUGAACUAUGGAAUCUGGUUCAAUGUGACCCUUCUGUAAAAAUUUGUCAUUAAUUUUGACGAAAA